CGACACAUUGUUCCAAGGUCUACAACGGCUCCUCCCCUAACCGUCAACACAUCAUCCCAAAAUGGCUUCCUCCACUGGCCUCGCUUCGGACCGCCGCAAGUCGCGCAAGGCGCACUUCUCCGCCUCGUCGGGCGAGAAGCGCAAGAUCAUGUCCUCGUCGCUGAGCAAGGAGCUCCGCGCCAAGCACGGUGCCAAGUCGAUCCCCGUCCGCAAGGACGACGAGGUCCUCAUUGUCCGCGGCAAGUACAAGGGCCGUGAGGGCAAGGUCACCCAGGUCUACCGUAAGAAGUGGGUCAUCCACGUCGACCGUGUCCACAUCGAGAAGUCGAACGCCGCCACCGCCCCCAUCGGCAUCUCGCCCUCGAACGUUGUCAUCACUUCGCUCAAGCUCGACAAGGACCGCAAGGCCAUCCUUGAGCGCAAGAACGGCAAGAAGACCGAGGAGGCCGCCAAGGCCGAGUAGAUUGCUCCUCCCUUCUAGCGUGUACUUUGGCUUCGUAGGCGUUGGGAUGUACCCAUGACAUAUCG